UUUUUUACUGGUAAGCUCUAUCACUGAGCUGGCGGGAGUGAAGCUGCCGGUUUGCAGCCAGCCAAGCGAGUGUGAAAAAGAGAAGUUAAGUUACAGUUUCCGGUGACACCGUCAGUCAAGCCUCACAGGGAUCCUCGCUGGCGGCUUGCGGCGGCCGGAGCACUAGCAGCGGCAGCAGCAGCAACAGGGCGCCGGAGCCGAGCGAGAUGUCAGCGGCGGCUCCAGCCUACAGCUUCCAGGGGACUUACCGCCGAACCGCCACGCCGCUACCCGCCACUCCCAGCAGCAGCAACAACAACAGCAGCGGCAGCGGGAGAGGAUGCGAAUGGUGACCGGGCGGUGGAGUCUACUCACACGGGGAGGAUGUAGCAGCGCCGCGGUAUUUCUUGCGCCUCCAACUAACGUCAGUAGAGUAGUAGAGGGGAGAUAGCCCAGGAGCUAGUAGAGUAGUAGAGGGUAGAUAGCUAGCUGCUUCACUAACAUACAUGAAAUAAAGUUGCUCCCGGAAAGGGGGGAGAGACUGUGGGAGCCAAGCCGGGGCAGGGGGAGUCUCUCUGGGAGGACUUGGAAAUCAAGAUGCUACGAAGAAGACUGAACCGACUGCUCAAAGGCGAAGAAAGAAGAUUGGACAGUAGGACGAUCUACAUAGGCCAUCGGCCACGUUCUGCCAGUGAGCCUUUCACCCCGCCAAAGUUUUGUGACAACAGAAUUGUGUCAUCCAAGUAUACCGUGUGGAACUUUUUACCAAAGAACCUGUUUGAACAGUUCAGAAGAAUUGCCAAUUUCUACUUCCUUAUCAUCUUCCUGGUGCAGGUGAUAGUGGACACCCCCACCAGCCCAGUCACCAGUGGCCUACCUUUAUGUUUUGUGAUUACAGUGACAGCCAUCAAGCAGGGCUACGAGGACUGGCUGCGGCACAAGGCCGACAACGAGGUGAACAAGUACCCGGUGACGGUGCUUGAAAAUGGUCGGAGGCUACGGAAGGACAGCGAGAAGAUUAAGGUGGGAGAUGUUUUGGAAGUGGAGGAAGACGAGACGUUUCCCUGUGAUUUAAUCCUGCUCCAGUCCAGCAGAGAUGACAGCACUUGUUUUGUUACCACUGCAAGUCUGGAUGGAGAGUCCAACCACAAAACACAUUACACUGUUCCAGACGUAGAGGAUCUGGAAUCCCUCAGUGCCACCAUUGAGUGCGAGCAGCCACAGCCUGACCUUUACAAGUUUGUCGGCCGUAUGCACAUCUACAAAAGCAAUCAGGAAACUGCAGUCAGGUCCCUGGGCCCUGAGAACCUGCUGCUGAAAGGGGCAACUUUAAAGAAUACGCAGAAGGUGUCCGGUGUUGCUGUUUACACUGGCAUGGAGACUAAAAUGGCUCUCAACUAUCAGGGCAAGUCUCAGAAGCGUUCUGCUGUGGAGAAGUCCAUCAAUGCCUUCCUUUUGGUUUACCUUUGCAUAUUGUUGAGCAAGGCACUAGUGUGCACAACACUCAAGUAUGUUUGGCAAAACACGCCUGGGCAGGAUGAGCCCUGGUAUAAUGAGAAAACCCAGAAGGAGAAGGAAACCAAUCUGUACCUAAAGAUGUUCACUGACUUCCUGUCAUUCAUGGUGCUCUUCAAUUUCAUCAUUCCUGUGUCCAUGUAUGUGACGGUUGAGAUGCAAAAGUUCCUCGGAUCCUUUUUCAUUGGCUGGGACAAGGACUUUUUUGACCCAGAAAUCCAGGAAGGAGCGCUCGUCAACACCUCCGACCUCAAUGAGGAACUAGGACAGGUGGAGUACGUCUUCACAGACAAGACGGGUACCCUCACCCAGAAUAACAUGGAGUUCAUCGAGUGCUGCAUCGAUGGAUUCCAGUACAAGCACCGCAACACAGACCCCGCGGGGGACGGAUUGUGUGACACAGAUGGGCCCGUGAACGGACUGAAGCAAAAAGCUGACAAGGACCGCGAGGAGCUGUUUCUGCGCGCGCUUUGCCUGUGCCACACGGUCCAGGUGAAGGAGUCCCCCGAGCAGAGUCAGCCACAUGUUGACCAGGUGGACUGGCUGCAAACGGAUGGCGAGGUGCACGAGCAGCCUCGCAACCAGACGGGCUUCAUUGCUUCCUCACCUGACGAGGUCGCUCUGGUCAAAGGUGCCAUGAAGUAUGGCUUCACAUUUCUGGGUCUGGAAAGUAAAGCCAUGAAAAUCCUCAACAACAGCAAUGAAAUCGAAGUAUAUGAGCUGCUCCAUGUGUUGAACUUUGACCCAGUGAGAAGGCGAAUGAGUGUCAUUGUCAAAGGCAAAUCAGGUGAUAUCCUGCUCUUCUGCAAGGGAGCAGACUCCUCCAUUUUCCCCCGUGUCAAACUGGAGGAGGUGGAAAGGAUGCGCAUGCACGUGGACCGGAAUGCGGAGGAGGGUUACAGAACAUUGUGCGUGGCGUACAAACGUCUCAGCACGGAGGAGUACGCCCAGGCGGACGCGGGACUGAGGGAAGCCAGGCUGGCCAUGCAGGACAGAGAAGCGAAGCUCAUGGCCGUUUACAACGAGGUGGAGACCGGCAUGAGCCUCAUCGGGGCGACUGCCGUUGAAGACCGGCUUCAAGAGGAGGCGGCGGAGACGAUGGAGGCGCUGCAGGGGGCCGGCAUCAAGAUCUGGGUCCUAACGGGGGACAAAAUGGAGACGGCAAAGUCCACCUGCUUCGCCUGUCGACUGUUUCAGAGGAACACUGAGCUGUUGGAGCUGACAGUGCGCACUCUGGAAGGAGGUCGGAAGCGUGAGGAGCGGCUGGACGAGCUCCUAAGGGAGUAUCACAAGAAAGCCGUGCAGGAGGCGCCGAUCUUUGAGGCUGCCAGCGCUCGCAGGAGCUGGUCCGCUCCUAACCACGACUAUGGUUUUAUUAUUGAUGGAGCCUCUCUGUCAAUGGUGCUCAACUCCACGGAUUCCAACUCCAGCAACUACAGGAACCUUUUCCUCCAAAUAUGUCAAAACUGCACCGCGGUGCUCUGCUGCCGUAUGGCUCCGUUGCAGAAGGCCCAGAUCGUGAAACUGGUGAAGAACUCUAAGGGCAACCCAAUCACCCUCUCCAUUGGAGAUGGUGCCAAUGAUGUCAGCAUGAUUUUGGAAGCUCACGUAGGCAUUGGAAUUAAAGGCAAAGAAGGCCGGCAGGCGGUGAGGAACAGUGACUACGCCAUCCCCAAGCUCAAACACCUCAAAAAGCUCCUGCUGGCACAUGGACACCUGUACUAUGUUCGCAUCGCUCACCUGGUGCAGUAUUUCUUUUACAAGAACCUUUGCUUCAUCUUACCUCAGUUUUUGUACCAGUUUUUCUGCGGCUAUUCCCAGCAGCCCCUCUUUGAUGCAGCCUAUCUGACGAUGUACAACAUCUGCUUCACCUCUAUGCCCAUCCUGGCUUACAGCCUCUUGGAGCAGCACAUCUGCUUGGAGGCUCUGCUGAGCAAUGCCCCCCUCUACAGAGAGAUUCGCAAGAACGCCAUGUUGCGAUGGAGACCCUUCCUCUAUUGGACUUUGCUCGGAGUAUUCCACGGUUUGGUCUUCUUCUUUGGUGUUCGAUGCCUGUUUAGAAACUCAGCCCUGCAGGAUGACGGCCAGGUUUAUGGCAACUGGUCGUACGGCACAAUCGUCUUCACCGUCCUCGUCUUCACUGUCACACUAAAGCUUGCUUUGGACACACGCCACUGGACCUGGAUCAACCACUUUGUCAUUUGGGGCUCCCUUGCUUUUUACAUGCUCUUCAGUUUCUUCUGGGGAGGAAUAAUAUGGCCCUUCCUCCGCCAGCAGCGUUUGUACUUUGUGUUUGCCACCACGCUGAGUUCACUGACAGCCUGGCUGGUCAUGAUCCUGCUCAUCGUGCUCAGCCUGCUCCCGGAGAUCCUUCUGGCCGUGGUCCGCAAGCCCUGCAGCCCGUUUGCUCAGAAGCUUAGUUACGUCUAUGGUUCUCCUCUUGCCUCGCCCCUUCCAGAAGAAGCCGGUUCAGUCGAACGCGGGGGGCCCCCCCUCUCCCCGGUCGUCAGCCAGGCCCCUGCUCAUGAGAACCUUUUCAGACGAGUCCAAUACUGUCAUUUAAACAAGGUGGAGGCGGUGGCGUCCGUCUCCUACAUGCAGCUCAAGGCGCGCCAGUGAAAAGCGGGACUCGCACCAAGAGCGGCGGCCACAUUCAGGGUUCAGGUCUGACCGCCGCCCCCCAGGAGGCAAAGCAGACGUUCUUGACAACAAGUUUUUUUUUUUUCCGUCCCGAGGCCACGCCCUCCUCGCGGCGUCCACGCAUGCCUGCAGGGCGGCGCCCUGCAUUGUUACUGGAAAGGAAAAACACUCAAGACGUGAGUACUCCCGUCUUUUUUUUGCCUUGUCCGAUGUCCACUCCAGCCGCAUGGAAAAAGAAACACUUUCUAGAGUCUCACGGUUUUAAGACGACGUCCUGGUCCAAGAUCUGCUUCAUGGCUCUUUAACCUUUUUUUCCAUCAUUUUGUGUCUUUUUUUCAAGUCAAACACUCGCAGGUUUAAAUUGUGCAAGAACCAAACUGUUUCAAUUUGAGAAUUAAGUCCAAAAUGUGUGUGUGUGUGUGUGUGUGGGUGGGUGGGUGGGUGUGUGUGUGGGUGGGUGAAAGACUUGAUUAGUGAUGUUGGACCUAAAUAGUUGAGUUGAUCAUGUCAGAGUCUAGUUAAGAAGAGAGGAAUAAUAUAUGUGAUUUACUGUAUGUAGAGAAGCUCCAAAAGCCAAAAAAAAGGUCAGGGAUGUUGUGUCCUCGUACUUGUGUGACUCACUAAAUAGUUUUCUGUCUUCUCACCGGUUUAGUGAUUCACCAGUCGGACGUUUGGAGACAUUUUCUCAUUAAAUAGCAUUAUUUUGACAGUUUUGAGUACCAAAAAGGAGCAGGCCACACUUCAAACGUGUACUGCAGCCCAUGGACCAGAGGGUCGGCAACCUUCAGCUCUUCCUUGUGUAGAUUUGUUUCCCCCCCCCAACAACAAAGUGAGGAAUUUUCGAGAAGAGUUCUAUAUUAUUCUGACUGUCCGUGAGGCCGUGCAUGUACAGUACAGGGCAAAAGGUUGGACACACCUUCUCCUCAUUCAAUUGGGGUUUCUUUAUUUUCAUGACUAUUUACAUCAGGGGUCCCCAAACUACGGCCAGCGUCCAAAAUCAGGCCCGCGGGAAGUACCAAGUAUAAUUUUUUUUUUAAAAUUAUUAUUAUUUUUCUUAUCUACUUUGUACCGCUUGCUACUCACGGUGUCUCCUGGCCGCUCAGGCAAAUCAUAUUGUCUAAAAAUGCAUUUUCUCAUCGAUAACGUGACAUCAUUGCGCGCGU